CCAGCACGUUAAAGCCCUUCCCUCAAGCUCCUUAGAAACGGCCAAGUACAAGCUCGGCCACGUUAGCGCAGCUCGAAUUUCGCACCGGACACACUCCAUUUCGCUUCAGGACAAAUAUUUCACCAAAAUGGCCGCCAAAAUCACGCUCAAACUGAGCAACCGCUCACCGAAGCAACCAAUCAAGAAGCUCCCCGAGUCGAUCGAGGUCUCCGCCGAUGCUACAGUCGAAGAGAUCAAGCAUAUGGUUGCUCGCCAGGCCGGCAUCAGCGACUUCAACCGUGUCGGCCUGUUCGAUCCUUCUACCCAGAAGACGCUGAAGGAUCGCAAGGCGCCGAUCAGCUCUGAGACGGCUGUUAUGUCCGCCGGACAGGUGUUGGUCAAGGACCUCGGCCCCCAAAUGGCAUGGAGCACCGUCUUCGUGAUUGAGUACCUCGGUCCCAUUCUUAUCCACCUCGCUUUCUCUGGCCUGCGCCCUUACAUCUACUCGGGCCCAGGCGCCAAGAAGCCCAUGUCUCCGACCCAGCUUCUUACCCUCGCCAUGUUCCUCGGCCACUUCAUCAAGCGCGAGUAUGAGACGCUCUUCGUCCACAAGUUCUCAGCCAACACGAUGCCCAUGCGCAACAUCUUCAAAAACUCAUUUUUCUACUGGGCCUUCGCCGGCCUUCUCAGCGCCUGGCACGUCUAUUCGCCCAGCUCGCCCACGGCCCUCGCCCGCAACGAUGCCGUUGACGUUCUUGGCACCAUCAUCUUCCUUUUCGGCGAAGCCUCCAACGCCAUCGUUCAUCUCAACCUCGCCAGCCUGCGCUCUCGCGGCGGCACCGAACGCCAGAUUCCCCGCGGCUAUGGUUUCUCCCUCGUUACUUGCCCCAACUACAUGUUCGAGAUCAUCGCGUGGAUUGGCAUCAUUAUCACGAGUCGCAGCUGGGCUGUCGCACUUUUCAUCACUAUCGGCGCCGCCCAGAUGGCUCAGUGGGCCAAAGGCAAGGAGCGCGCCUACCGCAAGGAAUUUCCCGAGACAUACAAGAAGAAGAAGUUUGUCCUGCUGCCCGGCAUCUUCUAGAUGCGCGCGUGUGCUGACUGGACUUUGCGCUUGCGUGAGUUUGUGGCUCGCACCUGCAACUGUUUCUUUGCAUUGCUUGACGCUUACGAGGGGAUACCAUGGUAAGCCGGGCUACUGGAAAUUGUGUUACAAAAGAACCUAACGGAAGGGGUUUUCAAGUCAGGAAAGGCGUAAAAAAAUUAGGUUCAAAUAUUUAAAACCAUA